UUCAGGGAAAAUCAUUUCAACCUCCCCAAUCGCCUCCAUCUCUAGUAUCAUUCUCAACUCGGCCCUCUCUCUGCCUCUACAACUGCAAAGUACAAAAUCUACAAGAAUCAGAACCCAUAUCGGCAUAUCAGAUAUGAUUUUGAAUAACGACGAUGAUGAUGAUUUUGAAUCACCCACCCACAAAUUCCAGAUCCACCGCAAACCCUCAAGCGUCUCCGGCGAGGUUGCACAACCGAAUCCAUAUCGGCCACCCAAAAGCGGGAGUUGUGGCGUAGUGUCGAUGAAGAGAUUGUUCAAAAUAUCAAAACCCAUAUCCUUCAGCUUCCAUCGCCCGUUGUUCCAGUUUGGGUUGGCCGUUCGCAAGCUUCAGCCUCUGAUCCGCGCGCUGUCUCUCAACUCUCAAGCCCUCUCUCUGCAACUGCUAACUUCAAAAGGCAUCAUCAAAUUCAAUGACAAAAGGGGUCCAACUUGCUCUUGAAAAUGAUAAACAAAAGGAAGUAACGGCUACUAGUGUCCUAUCAAGUCGAUGGAGGUAUCUGUGGACACAUUACUCUCGUCUUGAUUUUGAUGCCCCAGAAAUGAUUAGUGAAAUAUAUUGGACAAUGGACGAGGAAGUUGUUGAGGCUGAAAGGGUGAGAUAUGUCAAAUGGGUGAAUUGGGUUGUGCAGCUGUAUAGGGGCUCAACUAUUGAAGAAUUCAGGUCUUCCAAAAGGACUGGGAAAAGACAACAACGGGAGCAUCAAUUGCAUGGCCUAUCAAGUACAUCAAAAUUUGUAAGUUAUAUGGUCUUUAUGUUUGAUAAAAUUCUUUUAUGAUUGCACAUUUUUAAUGCUUUUUAUAUUCAUACUCAGGGGGGUCACAUGCCUUUAAGUGACCAAUUUUGUGGUGUAUCUUGAACUUUAUUACCUUAUUGGUACAUCAGCCCGUGUGGAGGUCAUUUUUAUUUCUUGUUUUAAAAUAUUGAAAGCAUGGGAGUAUGGGAUCAUCGUAUGUGGAGGUUUUGAUUGAUUGUUGUGGAGGAGAAAUUGUUGAUAUGUUGUUUAAGGAGUUAAUGCAAGUUGGCAACUUAAAUUUUUUUUA